AUGGCCGCGGGUGUGCCGAGUCUCUUGUAUAUACAACAAAUCUUCUGGGCUUUCGUUGGAACGGCAAUAGGGGUUGCUGCUCUUGCCAAUAUCCUCAACAAGGUAAUCUACCACCGAAGGAUAACUUCCCGAAGCACCACUCCGAAUGCCGCGAUGCCAAAGUCGUUCUUCUUCCGUGCUCAUGCAUCAAUGUCUGCAGUUAUCAGGGAGUAUGGAUACUACUCUUUAGCUCUCACAUUCCGUAAGACGCAUUUCUACCUACCUCCAGUUGGGUCUACGACGAUCCUCCUCUCCUACAUCGCUUUAAUUCUUGUCAGCUGUUCCUACGCAUUCGACCCAGAAAAUAUCCUGCAGUGGGAGGACGUUGGAUACCGGGCUGGUUUCAUCGCAAUUUGUCAAAUUCCACUGGUCGUCCUGCUUGCCGGAAAACGGAAUAUUAUCGGAUUCCUCACCAGCGUUGGGUAUGAACGAUUGAAUUGGCUUCAUAGAUGGGUGGCUCGAUCAUUGCUCCUCACAGUUCUGAUACACAUGGGUUUCUUUGCGAGGAAGUGGGUGAUGUUCGACUACCUCACCAUUAAAACUCAAGAGGAUCUUCUUACCAUUAAGGGCUUAAUCGCAGGUGGAAUCUUACUGUGGCUUGUCUUGUCUUCAGUUGCACCAAUUCGAAACUUCUCAUACGAGGUAUUCGUCGUACAGCACGUUAUAUCCUGGCUCGGCUUCCUGAUUGCCGUCUUCGUCCACGUCCCAGCCGAGAAUCACAUCUGGAUUUGGCUUCCGCUCGGAUUCUGGGCGUUUGACAGGGUCGUACGUGCUUCUUAUCUCUUCUACCUCAACCUGGGGCUUCUCCACAAGAAUAGCACGGGCUUGGCUGCGUGCAGAGCUACUUUCGAACCUCUGGACGAAGGCAACACACGAAUUACCAUCCACAUGUUCCUAGCCUGCCACGUUGUUGCACCAUUGUCCUCCCACCCUUCUGCCAUCGCGAGUCUUCCCUCGGAUGGGAGGAUCGAAUUCGUAGUCCGAGCAAAGAGAGGAGCAACCAAGAAAUUCUUCAAAUAUGCAGAGAAAGCAUAUCCAAAUCUCCCCUCAAAUUCGUCUCCGCAAAACGUUGGCAGGUCCGUUCUCAUCGAUGGGCCUUAUGCGACCAUUCGACCUCUGAGACAAUUCGAUUCCUUGGUCUUCUUGGCUGGGUCGACGGGAGCAACGUUCACCACGCCUUUGAUGCGAGAUAUCGUGCAGCAGUGGAUGGGCGUUACUGGUCCAUCGACACCAUUCCUUGAUCCUCCUGUUGGCGCUGUUACCCGCUGCAUCAAGUUCGUCUGGGUUGUGAAGAGAAGCUCGGCGGUGUCUUGGUUCGCAUCGCAGCUCGAUCAGAUUGUCAGAGAUGUUGAAGCACUUCGCAACCAAGGACAAGAUAUUGCUGUCGAUAUCAACAUCUACGUCACCGGCGAAGAUGGAUUGAGCACUUCCCGAUCAUCAACCAAUGGCCAUGGGUUUGAAGCACCAGGAACUUUAUCCGAGAAGGACAUCACUCUAAAUACAAUCUCCCCCUCCAAACUCAACAACAGUAGCCUCCUCGACUCUCGGAUCUCGAUUCUAUUAAGCAGACCAAAAGUCACGAACAUCAUCAGAAGAAUGGCGGAGGCGGCAUUAGGUGAGAUGGCAGUCGUUGUCAAUUCUGCAGCGAUGAUUAGUGAUGAGAGGGGGGCUCACAAGGGAACUGGGGCGCAGGGAAUAUAUGUCCACGCAGAAGCUUUUGGGUAUGCUUAA